AUGGUUUGUGCGACGCUGCUGCUCAUGGCGCUUAACAUCGCAUCCACUGCGGCACAGUCGUUUGCGGGCAAAGGCACGGCGUAUCACGCGAGCUCUGUGGGCGCAGGCAACUGCAACCUCAUGAGCUGGCUGCCGAUCGCCAACACCAACCGGGUCGCGAUCCCGUCGGCCUUGUGGGCGUCCGGCGCCAACUGCGGACGCUGUGUGCAAAUCCAGUGCGUCGAUUCCAUUUGCCUGUCGAACGCGCCCGUCGUCGCGCAAAUCACCGACUCGUGUCCGACCUGCGGCCCCCGCGACGUGGACAUGGUCGACAGCCUCUUCCAGAAGGUCACGGGUGGCCUCUCGACGGGCGCGCCGCAGAUCGUCUGGGCAUUCGUACCCUGCACUCCCGUCGGCGGCGUUCAUGUCUGCACCAAGGUCGGCAGUUCGCGCUACUGGCUGGCACUGCAGCCGUCCAACAAGAUCAGCGGCGUUCAGCGGCUGCGCAUCAUGAAGCAACCAACGUCGCUUCUUGGCAGCGCCUUCUACUUUGUUGCGCUCGGCCAAGCGUCAAUUGAAGUGUCGCUCGCAUCGACAGAGAUCGAGCUCACGUCGUUCGGGGGCGACGUCAUUCUGGCAACGCUGCGCCUUGUCCCCAACACGUGUACGCACAUUCAACCGUUCAAAAGCUAG